AUGAAACCAGUGCACGUUUGGCUGCAUCUCGCACUGCUCGGGGCCUCGCUGCUGGCUGCGCUGGGACGGAUGGACCCAGGAAGCAGCAGAGGCCUGAACGUGGAUAUGGAGGAGUCGCAGGCAGAGGAAUCCAGAAGCUUCGAAGUCACAAGAAGAGAAGGGCUUUCCGGCAGUGAUGGGAGGCCAGCUUCCUGCGGGAAGAAACGGUGCAGCCGCGGGAGCAGGUGCGUGCUCAGCAGGGAGACGGGGGAGCCCGAAUGCCGGUGCCUGGAGGCCUGCAGGCCCAGCUUCAUGCCCGUGUGUGGCUCCGACGGGAAGUUUUACGAAAACCACUGCGAGCUUCACCGUGCCGCCUGCCUGCUGGGGAAGAAGAUCAUCACCGUCCACAGCAAGGACUGUUUCCUUAAAGGUGACCUGUGUACCAUGGCCGACUACGCCCGCCUAAAGAAUGUCCUUCUGGCACUUCAGACACGCCUGCAGCCUCGCCAAGAAGGGGACAGCGAACAAGACCCUGCCUCCCAGAAGCGCCUCCUGGUCGAAUCUCUGUUUAAGGACUUGGACGCAGAUGGUGAUGGCCACCUCAGCAGCUCUGAACUGGCUCAGCAUGUGCUGAAGGAGCCAGACUUGGAAGAGGACUCCUUAGGGUGCUCACCAGGUGACCUCCUACGAUUCGAUGACUACAAUAGUGACGGCUGGCUGACCCUCCGCGAGUUCUGCACGGCCUUCCAGGUGGUUCAGCUCAGCCUUGCCCCCGAGGAGAGGGUCAGUGUGGCCACAGUGACCGUGGGGCUGAGCACAGUGCUGACAUGCGCUGUCCAGGGAGACCUGCGGCCACCCAUCGUCUGGAAGCGCAAUGGGCUCACCCUGAACUUCUUGGAUUUGGAAGACAUCAACGACUUCGGAGAGGACGACUCCUUGUAUAUCACCAAGGUGACCACCAUCCACAUGGGCAAUUACACCUGCCACGCCUCCGGCCACGAGAAGCUGUUCCAGACCCACGUCCUGCAGGUGAAUGUACCACCGGUCAUCCGCGUCUAUCCAGAGACACAAGCACAGGAGCCAGGGGUGGCGGCCAGCCUGAGGUGCCACGCAGAGGGCAUUCCUAUGCCCAGAAUCACUUGGCUGAAAAAUGGCAUGGUUGUCUCAACCCAGAUGUCCAAACAGCUUUCCCUUUUAGCCAAUGGGAGCGAGCUCCACAUCGGCAGCGUUCGAUAUGAAGACACGGGGGCGUACACCUGCAUUGCCAAAAAUGAAGUGGGUGUGGACGAAGACAUCUCCUCACUCUUCAUUGAAGACUCAGCUCGAAAGACCCUUGCAAACAUUCUCUGGCGAGAGGAAGGCCUCAGUGUGGGAAAUAUGUUCUACGUCUUCUCAGAUGAUGGCAUUGUCAUCCUGCACCCCGUGGACUGUGAGAUCCAGAGGCACCUCAAACCCACUGAGAAGAUCUUCAUGAGCUAUGAAGAGAUCUGUCCUCAAGGGGAAGGAGCCGCCACCCAGCCAUGCGAGUGGGCGUCGGCAGUGAACGUCAGGCACCGCUACAUCUACGCGGCCCAGCCAGCACUGAGCAGAGUCCUCGUGGUCGACGUUCAAGCCCAGAAAGUCCUACAGUCCAUAGGUGUGGACCCUCUGCCCACUAAGCUGUCCUAUGACAAGUCACAUGACCAAGUGUGGGUCCUGAGCUGGGGAGAUGUGCACAAGUCCCAACCAAGCCUCCAGGUGAUCACGGAAGCCAGCACCGGCCAGAGUCAGCACCUCAUCCGCACACCCUUUGCAGGAGUGGACGAUUUCUUCAUUCCCCCAACGAACCUCAUCAUCAAUCACAUCAGGUUCGGCUUCAUCUUCAACAAGUCUGAGCCUGCAGUCCACAAAAUCGACCUGGAAACGCUGAUGCCCCUCAAGACCAUCGGCCUGCAGAGGCACGGCUGCCUGCCUCAGGCCAUGGCCCACACCCACCUGGGGGGCCACUUCCUCGUGCAGUGUGGGCAGGACGGCGCCACUCCCGCCGCGCCACAGCUGCUGAUCGACAGCGUCACGGACUCCGUGGUCGGCCCCAACGGCGACGUGACCGGCACCCCACAUGUGACCCCUGACGGGCGCUUCAUCGUCAGCACUGCUGCCACCAGCCCCCAGCUGUACGUGCAGGAGGUCACGCUGCGCGGGGAGAUCCGGACCCUCUACGCCCUGAAAAUAAGCCAGGGCGUCUCAGACGUGGCCUUCCAGCGCUCCUUUACCCAAAGCAAUCAGUACUACGUCUACGCCACGCUGGAGACAGAGCCGGCGCUGCUGUUCCUGGAGCUGCCCACGGGGAAGGCGGGCCUGCUGAAGAACUUCAGGGAGCCGCCCACGGGGCCAGCCCGGCCCUGGGGAGGGCCCCGCAGGGUGGUGAGGGACAGUGGGCUGUUCGGACAGUACCUUCUCACGACAGCCCAAGAGUCACUAUUUCUCAUCAACGGGCGACAAAACGCACUGAGGUGUGAGGUGUCGGGCAUAAAGGAGGGCACCACAGUGGUGUGGGUGGGCGAGGUAUGA